GCCAUUUUGAAUUUUGAGUUGGCGGUCUUUUCUGUUUGGUUCGACUAUUUGUUGCGAUAUUCGCCAAAAUACAGGCCAAAAAUGUAAAUGUCCGCUCAGAUUCAACGGUGUAGUCGACUUAGAACUGGAAUAGUUAUAAGUUUAAGUUACUAGUAGAAUUUUGAGAGAAUUCUACUUGAUUUUUCGUGUGCUGUACGACUUGUCUGACUGAAUCAAGAUGGCGGACAGUGACAAAAUCAUUCGUGCUUUAAAAAACGGCGAAGAGGUGGGGAAACUGGUGACGGAAAUACAGACCUACCUCGCACCCUUGUUGAAGCCUGGAGCUUCACCUUCCCAACUGCCUGCUGCAACUGUCAAGAACUACUGCGUCUUCUGCAUGAGGCUGCUCAGGGCUUGUCUGGACUGUUUGGGGAUUUCCAAACCUGGCUGUCCUGACAUAGCCAACACCAUCCGUGUGGCCCACAUGUCCUACAAAUGUAUCCAGCUCUGCAGUCCUGUCCAGCGUGUGCCCUUAGCUCUGGAAAAACUUCUCUUCCACAUCAUGUCCCAGCUUCUCAGCAAAAACCUGCUGUCAGAUGCUCUAACCAUCGCCAGUUUCCUGCACCAAGAGUUAAAAUCCUUCCAGACUUCCAUGACUUCAGAAAAAGAAGGGGAAUUCACCAACAUUGCAAGGCACUCCUUCGAUGCACUUUUGAAAGGCGCUCUCCGGAUUUGCGAUCUUAAGACUGUGUCUUCCAACUCAGUCGCGAGGCGAGAGCUAGGGCUUACCGCAGGACAACAGGCACUCCAAAUCCUCCUGCUGUCCAACGUAGACCCCCAGUGGUAUCUAGGAAAGGUGAUCUCCAUCGCAAAGCACUUCGAGGACAUGUUCCAAGGAUCUGUCCCGGGAUACGAGAGCAUCUCAAAAUUCUGUCAAGCCUUGUAUAAAGACUUGUUGGAGAGUGCGGAUACAAAAGAAGACAGGACACAAAGCCAAGUCUGCCUCCAACAACUUGGCUUUCAAGUGUGCCGCUACCUUCAGCUAGCCAGAAAGGAGAGCAAAGCAAUGAACUUUAUCGACCAGGUGAUGCAGGACGUACAGAGGAUAGCCUCAAAGAAACACAAAUCUCAGGACAAUCUGCUUUCAGCAUCAGCAAGAGUAUUCAAGGCAUCGCUGCUUUGUAAUGCAGCAGUAGUGGGGAAUACAGCAGGCAAACCAGACUGGGGAAACAUCAGCACAAUCUUGGAAGAAUCGAGUCAAGUAGUCAGGGACAGAAUGGAUGAGGUGAAGCACACUGCAGGCAUGGCGUUACUCGAGGCGUACAACCAGCUACGGAAGGGUCUGGAGAAUGUCUUAGAUGCUGGAGGUCAAGGUCAGGGCAUGCUGUCCAUGUUAAGGUCAGAGUUCUGCUCAGUGGAGACAGCCUUGACCUUGUUCAUGGAUGUUCUACAGGCACAGAGAGGACAGGACAAGGAACAGAAAACAUCACCAGGAAGACUAGAUAGUCAGCAGUGUGUGAAGCUUCAGAUGGCAGCAGUUUACCUCCUACUGCAGCUGACAAAACAUUACAUCAGUGUUCGUGGUGACAGUGAGGUUCUGCCUCGUUCCCUGGUGGUCGUGCAAAGGGCCAUGGGUAUCAUCGAGGAUGUGUCAUCAGGGAAUGGGGGAGGCAUGUCUACGUCUGAGCUCAAGUACCUAGGCUCCCAUAUUUACAACCUGAGCAUCUGUGUGUACAGCCACGGUUGGUACAAGGAAGCCCUUCCUCUCAUUCAGACAGCAGCGCAACUCUUACAGAGGUGGUGCCAGACAAGUGGGCAACAGGACAGUGCCAAUCAGCAGAAACUCGCAGAAAGGUUCUGGUUACUGAGUGAGUGUCAGUUGAAGCUUGACCUCUGCGAAGUCGCCAUGACCUCUGCUGCUUCUGCCCUAUUGGCUGACCCAAGUCACAUGGUCAUGCCUGUGGAAUCAUGGGUAAGGGCCAAAAGGCAAGCAGUGGAAAAAGACGGAGACCUCAGGACAAGGACUCUGAGGGAUGCUAUCCGGUCGCUGGACUCCAGUGCGCUGAACCAGGAACAGAUGAUAAAAGUUCUACAGGAGGAACUCAGGGUGCUACAGUCACACAGAUAUGACAGCAGCUAUGAGCAGUACUGUGUGAUCUGUGACCUACUGGAUGUGCAGGGAGACAGCAAACUGCAGGAGAGAGCUCACACCAUGGUACAGCUGGGACAGCUACUGCUGAGCUGUCCUGGUACCAUCACAUCCAACUGCACCGCUGUUGAAUGCUGCGAAGAAGCUGUCUUCCUAUUGGAGGAGAUGAUAGCCAAUCAGGGAUCAGGCUGUGCGGUAUCCAUGACAACCCUCCAUGACGACCUAGCAACAGCUUACAUGUGGCUGUACAUGUGUAAAAGACAGGAAGAACUUGCACUGGUUCCUAAGCUAGAGUCCUCCCUGAAUCAGAACGACAAAGAAAAGGACAAGGACUCGCAGCUGACUUACACAGAGAACGAAGCAUCACUAAGCAAGCUUCUAGCCAACAUCAACCUACAGGGCUGUGAGUUAGGCCCUGAAGAGGUGGCCAUGGCAUCCCUGGACUGUGCCUUAGAAAACUGGUGCGUUGUGCUGAAGGAGGGGCUUGACUUGUCGGCAGUGCGGAGUGUGGAGUCCACUGCAAAGUGCCUAAAAAUAACAUCAUCCAUGUAUGGACUAGCAGGCAGGCCUUACCACCAGGCCCAGGCACACUGCCUACUGAUUACACUAAUGGAGGCCGUGCAGAACUACGAAGAAGCCGUGUUUACCGUUGCCAUGGCAACCAUCAGCGCGUGUCUCCAUGGCAACAGUCGUCAUGCCGACCACCUCCUGACCAAAGCAGAGAGCAUGCUGGGAAAGUUGGAGAUAGACAGUCGGGCUUCGGUGAUGUUGAAAGUUGCCAAGAGUCACUUUUUGCUUCUCACUGGAGAGGUUGGUGUUGGUUGGAGGCUGGUGUGUGAAGUUUUAGCCAGCCCUAUACUGGAGGAGUGUUCUACCAUGUGUUACAUGUUAUCUGCCCAAGCAAGACAUGUGCAGUCUCUCUACCUCAGGCUACCCCCUGGACAAGCUAACAUGGACAGAGCAGAUGGAAGCUGUUUCGAAUCAGCGUUCGAUGCCUUCAGAGUGAGACUAUCUCUCGCAAGACUGCUGUUUGGAGAGAGGCUGAGAGCAACCGAUCAGCUGGUCUCAGCUACGUCUGGGCCUAAAGCAACAACAAAGACCAAGAAAGGUUACCCCCACCUGCCCUGGUGGUGCUGUGAUGACUUCCUCAUCUCCCUGCUGGACGUGGGCAGGCUCUACUCCGAACAGGGCUGCGUCAAGGAGGCCAAGUCCUACUUCUUAGAGGGGCUGGAGAUAGCCGCAAACUUCAGACUGCCCAGAAGAUGUGCAGAGUUCCUGACAAAGUUAGCUGAGGUCGAACUUCACCGCGGGCUGACCGAAGACUGCCAGCUGCUGCUGAAGGGAGCCUGUAGUGUGCUUCAGACAUCUACUGACGACAAUCCAGACCUCAGGAGACCACUUCUCAGCAAGGACUACUCCCUGUCAAGAAUCAGUGUCAGUAAAGACAGCGUUUCAUUUGACGAGCAGUCGCCCGGCCCCAGAAAAGACACCAGGACAGCCGUAGAGAAGGAGAAGCCAGGAAGUAGGACUACUACUGUCACUACCAGUAAGAAAGAUGCAAGGAAAGACAGGAAGUCAGGCGGCUGCUUUGGGUUCGACUCUUUGGAGAGUGAGGAGGAGGAGGAUGAAGACGAUUUCAUCCGAAGCAAACCGCUGACAGCCUCAGUAUCCCAGCAGCUAGAGGAUGAUGGGAUAGACUCCGACCUAGAGGAUUAUGGGAAACAGCAACACCAGCCGUCCUUUCCCACAAUGCAACUGCCGGACUACGUCGGGCACGGUGCUAAGUGCGCGUGCUCGGCGUGUAAAGACGUCGCCAGCCAGACCUCGUAUUUGGACGUCUUCCUCACGGCGACCGAGUGCGCUCUGUCGGAGGGCCUGCCUGCUGUUGCCAUAGCAACGGCCUCAGCAUCGCUGAAGGUUCAUGGGAAGGCUUGCACUAGUGUUUCAGCCAUGAUGAAAGACUUCUGCUUAGCUCUUUUCCACGGUAGGAACAAAGAGACCAAGACAAAGAAGAAGUCGAACACUGAAUCAUUCUUCGCCCCUCAGCUUGCUCUGCUGCACUGCAGACUGUCUGAGGCCUACUUGAUGCAAGAGAACUUCCCCAAAGCCAACUCGAGCAUCGAGGCAGGGUUAAACCUCUUUCACGGUAAGGUGCGUGCCAUCCACCUCCAUUCCAACACACACGCACAUCUGCUCUACAGCGCCGCCCUGUGUGCCAUCCUCCAAGAAGCAGCCAAGUGCAACUGCUCUCCUUUUGAUGUGCUCAACUGCAACACCAGCAACCAAGCAGAUGUAGUUGGAAACCUUGAAAAGUGUAUGGCGAAGUUGUCUCUCAAGCCUGGCCAAGGUAAAGAUUUCAGUGCCACGAAACAGGAGGCAAAGGAGUCUGAUGUGUACAGGUCUUUGCAGGCACUGGAGGAAGAUACAACGGCCACCUCGGGCAAGCCGAAGAAAAGACAAAGCAGAAAACCAAUCAUCAAGGUUGACUCGCCAGAGGUCACAGAAGUCAUUGACCCUGAGGUCAUUUCAGUUGAGGAUUCAGAUGAUGUCUUUGUGGUCAGCAAGCCGAAAACAUCACGGAAAUACGUUGCUAAGGCUUCUACUAAGAAGGAUGUGAGAAAGAAAAAGGCGGAAGAUGACAACAGCGAUCCUGAGAUCAUCCCAGACUCUGACCCGGACGAAUAUUCUGUCAAGAAGUCAUCAACGGCAUCUAGGAAAUUCUUCACAUCUAAAACACCUGCCAAGGGGAGCCUUAACAGGAAAGAAGACAUCAGUAAAGUUCCAGACAGCAAGAAAAAUGAAGAUUGUAUCAGUGGUCCAGUGCAAACCCCGUUGCUGGCUAUGAGGGACAAAGUUGUUGAUGAUUACACUUUUGUAGGAAGCCCUGAGACUACCAAGACCAGGAGAGGUAGAGGUACAGCCACAAGCAAAGCAAACACAACAGCACGAAAACCUGCACGAGGGAAGAAAAUCCAGGCUGGAGUCACCGAAACUGACACGAAAAGGAAACCAAGAUGUACCAAAGCAACAGAGAAAGCUACCUCAAAGGACUCAGUGCCUACUCAAGCCAGGCGUGGAAAGACUUCUGAUUCAGAUAGCGACGUGCCGAUCGCUUUAGCUCCGUCCACACAAAAGAAAAGACCACAGAGGAAGGCAGCAUCAGUGGUGUACAAGGAGGAGACUUCAUCUGAGGACUCAGAAGCUUCAACUAAGAGGCAGGGCAGCUAAGAGUAAGACAUCAACAGCAGCCAGAGGCAAGAAGGCUCCUACCCGACCUAAACCAUCCACAGAGGAUGUGGAGGUUCUGAGAGAGUGUGUGCAGAUUGGUGAGGAGGACAGCACUCUGGGCUCCACACUUCUCACCAGUAGCUCUGUACAGGAGGCAGUGCCUGUGCUGGGGGGACGGAUCACACCGUGUGGAAACUGCAGAAGGCUGAAAUGCAGGCACUGACAGAAAGUAUGGACCAGCUCUCUCUUACCCAGGCUCCCUCAACACAGCGGAAAAUCCAACACCUCCGGAACAAACAGGACAUCUUUGCCCUGCAUGCCUCUCACUCAGAACACAGCUACACAGCCCACAACAUGCAAGACGUGCUGGCCAAGCAGCUACCAGAGGGUUGGACAGUCUGCAGCAUGGCGCUUGUGUCAAUCAACCCCAGUUGCCAUGGAAACAAGCUGAAUCAGCAGUUACUCAUCAUCACAAGGCUUCAGGCAAACAGUGAGCCCCUCAUCGUCAAGAUCCCCAUUUCUCAGGCGAUGUUGGAAAGGGAGAUACUUAUGAAACUAGAAACCAUCCAACAUGACAACAAGACCAGCGUGGCCAUUCAGGACAAGAAACAGUACUGGAAGGCACGGCAGGACCUGGACUCACUGCUCAAGGACCUGACCAAAGCGAUGGAGAAUGAUGUGCUGGGUGGAUGGAAGGGCGUGGUCCUCGGUUCCCAUGGUGACAAGAAGAGGGAGAAACAGCUGAACUCUGCAGCAGCAAACGUCUGCAAGGCUCUGGGCUCGGACAACAGAGUCGACUGUCAACUUCUUAGGCUCCUGAUGGACUCCUGGUCAUACCUGAGGAAACGACACAGACAGGACGCCCUGGCCUUCCUGCUGGGGACCUCCGCAGGCUCACCCCUCCUGCAGAAUGGUUUGGACCUGAUGCAGAGGGAGGUCAACAAGGUCAAUGACCUCAACGACCUCCAGGACAGGGGACCGGUCAUCUUGGUUUUGGACAGGACCCUGCAGCGCCUGCCCUGGGAGAGCAUCCCUCUGCUACAGCAGGGCAAAGUGUCCCGCAUGCCGUCUCUCAGGUUCAUCCUGUCCCACCUCCACACCAUGAGGUCUGUCCCAGGACAUGUGUUGUGUGACGGUGUGGACCAAAACAACACAUACUAUGUGUUGAACCCACGGAACGACCUGGCUAGCACUCAGGCCUACUUCCAGGACGACUUCAAGAAGAGAGGUUGGAAUGGGGUGGCCGGAGUCUCCCCCACCACAGAACAGUACAUCAGUGCUCUCACAGACCACGACAUGUUUGUGUACUGUGGCCAUGGUGCAGGGCAGGUGUACCUGAAGGGGGAUGAGGUACAGAAGAUCACCACCCGAGCCACCACCCUGCUCAUGGGCUGUGGCAGCGGCCGGCUCUUCGUGGAGGGGAGCACUGAGGCACGCGGCAUGGCGCUCAACUAUAUACUGUCUGGGUGCCCCAGUAUUGUAGCCAACCUGUGGGAUGUGACAGACCGUGACAUCGACCGCUUUCUCCAAGCUCUCCUUAAAUCCUGGCUAACCUCCGAUUCAAACUCCUCACUACUGGAGUUUGUCAGCCAAUCGCGCGAGGCCUGCAAGCUAAGGCACCUGAUUGGUGCAGCCCCCGUGGUGUAUGGUUUCCCUGUACAUGUUAAGUUAAAUCACCAUAUGGCCAGAGGACAGAAGAUGGCGCUGAGAAUACGCACCAGUCACAACAGGCUGGUCCUGUUAGUUGUAGCCUUGAUGGCGGCUUACUUUAGUCUAUAUCUGAUGGUGCUUAGAAUAGAACAUCUUGAACAACAGCUGGACAGAAAGUUGUCUUCAACGCACGGCAAUGAAAGCAGCUCGGUACAGAAUCCGCCACACAAGCCUGUAUCUGUGGACCCUCACAGUUUCAACUUCACCAUAGAUAUCAACAACCCCGAGGCGUGUCAGAACGGAACAGUUUUCCUGCUCAUUCUCGUCACUACUGCUCCACAGAACCACCGAAACAGGUAUGAGAUUCGCCAGACUUGGGGCAACGUUACGGAAGCUUCCGGAGUCACCAUCAAGACCGUUUUUGUCACAGGAAAACCUCAAAGCAAAACUUCACAGGAAGCGCUUGAACGGGAAAACGCCGAACACCAAGACAUCGUGCAGGGAGAUUUCCUGGACUCCUACCGAAACCUGACUUUAAAAACAAUCCUGUGUUUGAGAUGGGCGUUCCAGUACUGUCCACAGGCACGAUAUGUCAUGAAAGCUGAUGAUGACACUUUUGUCAGCAUAUUUACACUCGUGAAACACUUACAGACGUUACCCUCCGGUACUACAGACUUGGUAACAGGUUGGGUGUAUGAGAGUAGAGCUCCGCUUAGAGAUCCUGACUUUAUACCUAAAUGGUACGUGAGCAAAGAGGAAUACCCUAGGGAAGUCUUUCCCAAGUACCCUGCCGGGUUUGCCUAUGUCAUAGAGAGAAAAAGAGUUAGAAAGAAUGUCAGGAACAGACAGCUACAAACAGCGAUCAGCACCUUACGCUAUGGCCGUGCCUGGUACGGGUAUAUAGGCGCCGUGAUGCUCCUAUGUGUGGUCACAGCCUGGUUCAGUCUGUCCCAGCGACUUGAACAUCCAAAACACAAGGACCUACACAACGGACUAGCGUUACACGCUUCUAAAGAUGUGUUUGAUAGAGACGCUUCCAAUAGGGAUAGAGUUAGUAGCACCUCUUCAUAUGUUUCUCACAAUAACCCAUGGCCUCACCCGUACACAUUCGUACUGAACAAUCCAGACAAGUGUAAGGGUGGUGAAGACGUAUUUCUUCUCAUCAUAGUCACCACGAGACAUCUGAACCACAGACAGAGGUAUGAGAUCCGUCAGACGUGGGGAAAGGAGACGAAUGUUCCAGGUGUCGGUAUCAGAGUUGUGUUCGCGGUAGGGUUAGUGGAAGACGCCGUCUUACAGAAAGCUCUGGAGCACGAGAACAAACUACACAAGGACUUCAUCCAGGCGGACUUCAUUGACAGCCACAGGAACAGAACACUGAAGACCAUCAUGAGUUUAAAGUGGGCCGCACAGUUUUGCCCCCAAGCUAGAUUCGUCCUAAAAGCCAAUGAUGAUGCCUUUGUUAACAUUUUCAGUCUGGUGAAGUUUUUAAAAGACCUUCACGUCACAAAGUUCAUCACAGGACGAGUUUUCAAUAAAACAAAACCAGUCAGAGAUAUAAGGUUCCUAGAUAGAUGGUACGUUAGUAAAGAGGAGUUUUCAAGAGAAAUAUAUCCUCAGUACCCUGGAGGAUUUGCUUACGUUAUGACAAACGACACAGCAAAUCUCAUAUACAGAACGUCACUGAUUACAAAAUAUCUGUUGUUAGAAGACGUGUAUGUAGGAAUCUGUCUGGAAAAGCUGGGGAUAGUUCCUGUACAUCACACUGGGUUCUACCCGUGGUUUGUUGACGUGGAGUCCUGUAACACUGACUGGCUGGUGGCUUCUCAGUGGGUGAGAGAACCUGAGGCUAUGAUGGACAUGUGGAACUCUUUGACGUCUGACUGUUCUGUUAACUAGCUAAAGUG